AUGCAUUCUAUUCCAGGUAGUGAGCCAUUUAUUAUGGUAAACACUGCUUGUAAUGCACAACUGCCUCAUGUCAGAAUGGGGGCCCUGGCAUGGAAGUGGUGCAUUGGAUGUGGAUGCAAGAUUUCAGACCGCUUCCUCCUGUUUGCUUUGGAUGGGUACUGGCACUGCCACUGUCUCAAGUGCUCCUGCUGUCAAGCCCAGCUGGCAGAAAUUGGCUCAUGGUGUUUCACAAAGCGUGGCUUGAUCCUAUGCAAAAGUGACUAUAUAAGAUUAUUCGGUCACAGCGGAGCCUGCAGGGCUUGCAGUAAGUCCAUCCCAGCAAAUGAAAUGGUUAUGCGAGCACAGGGCAAUGUUUUCCAUGUCAAGUGUUUUGUUUGCUCCAUCUGCCAUAACCAGCUAGUACCUGGUGACCGUUUUCACUGCACAAAUGGAAAACUGUACUGUGAGCGGGACAGACCAACAGCUUCUGCAUACAGAAACGACCACUUGAAUUCACUCAGGGAGCACAACAUAUCCGAACAGAAGUCCUGAGCUCAUCAUUUUUUUGCUGAGCUCUGAGAAAGAGACACUAAUAGAGCACCUAGUUUCAUAUUCAAGACCUCAUAUAACCCAGUAGUUGCUUUGUCAGCUACAGACCAUUUUGUGAAUGUCUAAUAUUGUGGAAAUUCAACGUAUAUGGUAAUAUCUGGCCGUUUAAAUUAGGUUAACCAUUGGAGCUGAAAAGCAAUAUCAUCACUGCUUUGAAAAAAAAAAUGUUUCUGAAAGUAAUUUUCAGAUGCAACAGGGGAAAAAACGGG